UCCAACUAUGACCAGCUACGACACAAGUCGACACAGAAUAAACGCGUAUGCUUGAUGGUGUGGUGUUUGUCGUUUGAAAAUUGUUGAAAUUAGGAAAUGAGUACCAUUCAAAUUACCUAAUUGGAUUAAAUUGAAGACUUUGAAGCAGUGAAGCGGUUCUCACACGCGUGCAUUUUUUUUCGAGCAGCAGCUGCCUAGUUUACAUUGAGCUGCAUUGAACAGUUUAUUGUUACCAAGGCCUCACUUCUAAUCUUAAUAAAAAUGUAUAUUUACUCGAAACGUUUUCACCAAGUUUUCACUCAAAAUGAAAGAAUCUGGAAGAAAAAUGUGACGGUCUGCCCCGCGAAAUUCUUUAAUUUUGAAUAUGCGUUGAAUGAGUGUAUUUUUAUUAAGAUGUGAGUUGAGUUGAAGUCUUUAUUCUAGAUAAGUACCACACAUCAUAUGAUAUUAAUGUCUGUUGAUUCAAGAAUUCAAAAGAAUGAUUAUAACAUUGCGAAGAAGCGAGUUUUCAAGUGGAUAGUGGCUUAGUAGGACAAACAGUCAUGGAGCAUAUAAAUACUUGUAAAACACAAGUUGACAAAGUCAAAUGCAGCACUGAAGAUAUCAAAUUAUUUGUGCAUAGGAAGUCAAACAAAAAAUCUAAAAAGAAGAAAGUUAAUAAGAAGGAAAAUAAGAAGCAUAAGAAAAAAAGAAGAUCCUCAAGCUCAUCUUCAAGCAGCGAAUGCGACGAUAGCUCGAAAUUUGAAUGGGUGGAAAAAAAUGAAGAUCGAGUUUUAUCGGGUGCUAUUGAAAAUCCUGUUGAUCGUAAAGUCCAAGAAAAUCAGCUUAAACGAGACGAAUGGAUGAAUGUAGAAAGUUUUGUUCCAUAUUUGUCAAAGCCCGUUACGAAGGCACAAUCAUCAGAUAAGGAGGAGCGAGACAAGAUUCUUCUAGAUAAACCAGGACAAAGUGGCAGGGAACUGAAUCCAUACUGGAAAGAUGGAGGUGAUGGAUUACCUCGAAAUAAUCCAGGAAAAUCGAGUAACCCCAAGAUUUUGGAUGCAAAUUGGCUAAAGAAGAGUCUUCGGCGUGCCAAGGAACAAGCCUUCCGAGAUGGUAAACGUCUAGAGGAAGUGGCUGCUGAACGUUGGGGUUCUCUAGAAACUAUACAAGCGAUGAUAAUCGAAGCGGAAAGAAUGUCUAGUGCUGAACAAAAUAAAUCGUAUCGCAAAAGAUCGCUCGACAGAAAUGAUAAAGAUUCCCAAAAAAUUCACAGAAUAAGAAAGCAUUCAAGAUCUAGAUCCAGAAGUAGAGAUCGCGUUGGAAAAUACAAGACAUUCGACUAUUCGUCGGAACGUUGUACCGAGUUGAAACAAACUUAUGAAAAAUCCAAAGAUAACGACGAUUAUUAUAAUCGACAGACUGUGCCUGCUAGCAGUUGGAGAAAAAAAUGGAAAAAAGAUGGAAAUGAUGAAAAAAAGUGUCAAGUUGUCGAUUCACGUACUAGCGAGUUGAAACAAGUCGAUUCGGAGAAUAUUGCCAACACGAGUGAGAUGGCGAAAGAUAAAGGUGUUGACGUUUUGACUAAAGCGGAAAUGAACAAGUUAGGAGCAAAGAUUAUUAAAGCUGAACUAAUGGGUGACGAGGAAUUGGCAGCGCGACUUAAAACUCAAUUGGAACACGCGAGAAAACAUGUUGCAUCACGUAAUACCAACGAGGAGGAGGAGGCGGAGAACGUAAUUCUCACGAAAACCGAUGCUAAAGGUACCGCAAGACCGAUACAACCCAGAAACCAAUCCAAGCGGGAAAAUGAUAGAAAGAAAAUUGCCGAAACACACAUCUCCGGUGAGAGAGUACGUCAUUUCGUGGACGAUGAUAAAUAUUCUUUACAAGAAAUGUUUCAACGAGAGAAAGGAAGAUCCACGACCGAAGAUGAAGCGAUCCUCACUAAACUUCCCUCUAGAAGCAUGGAUCAUAUGGAUGAUAUAUUUGAGCGAGAAAUCGCACGAACAGAUUCAGAAAUGAGACGAGACAAGCGGGAUCGUGCAGAGGCAAUUAAAGAGCACAAGGAUUUAUCCAAACGUAUGGAUAAUUGUUGGUGGUGCCUCGAUUCGAAAAAUAUGUUAAAGCACAUGAUCGUGACAAUGGACUCUGUUAUUUGCUUAAGCUUGCCCGCUUGUACCUCCUUGAGUACUGGUCAUUGCAUAUUGACACCUAUACAGCAUGUCGCUUGUCAAUUACAAUUAGAUGAAGAUGUAUGGGACAGGCUGAAGGAAUUGAAAAGAAAAUUAACCAGGAUGUUUACGGAUGAAGAUUUUUAUCCGAUAUUUUUUGAAGUGUACAAAAGACGUUGUAAAUUUUCACAUAUGCAAUUAGAGUGUAUUCCAUUACCGAGAGAAAUUGGCGAGUUAGCACCGAUAUAUUUUAAAAAAGCUUUACUUGAAUGUGAAAUUGAAUGGUCCGUCAACAAAAAGGUUAUCGAUCUAACGUUUAAAGGUAUACGCCAUGCUGUACCAAAUGGAUUGUCAUAUUUUAUGGUAGAGUUUGCUUCACAUCCUGGCUACGCUCACGUGAUUGAGGACGAGGAAAUGUUUCCGCACAAUUUUGCCAAGGAAGUAAUAGGAGGAAUGUUGGACUUGGAUCACAAUCUGUGGCGCAAACCGAAAAGACAAAGUUUCGAAGAACAAAGAGUAAAGGUAUUAGAGUUUACAGAAAAAUGGAAAAAGUAUAAUGUCUCGUGAUCAACAGGCAAUUUUUGGAUCGCUUUACUUGAAAAAAAUCAACACGGUUGUGUAAAUUUCAAUCGUCAAAUUGUACAUCAUGUAUAUUUUUCAUUUUGACACAAAUCUGUUUCAAUCUCUGUACAGUUUUAAACAAACGGAUGUUUAAUGUAUUCCAUAUGUGUUUUAUAUAAUAUGAAAAUGUUAUAUAUAAUUAUGAAAAUGGAAAAAGUUUGUGAAAUUGAUUAAUUGAUCAAUUGUUUGUGCAUUGGCCCGCAUUGGCUGCACGAUAGAGUUCUUUAACAAUUGAUAACUUGAUCAGCAGUGUGUUGCUAAUAAUCCACUAUAAUAAAAAAAAAUUAAUGACUCCA